AUGGUUGUUAAUUGCCACGAUGGCCUCAAACUGGUCAAUUCCAAGUUACCUGAGUUCCUCAAGAAGACGGGAUACAAGAACCCCACGGACAAGGACGUCAGCGCUUUCAAAUAUGCCGCGAACACGAAUCUCCAUUAUUUCGAGUGGAUCUUCCAACCGGGCAACGAAACCCAAGCAGAAGCGUUCCAUAACCACAUGAAGUUCAAGACCACGGCCAGGAAGUGGUACGAAACCGUCCCCGUGGACGAGAUCUUUGGAACACCGUCCGAUGCUUCCGCUGUCCUCCUAGUUGACGUCGGUGAAAAUACUGGUCACGACAUCCUCGGAUUCCACAGGGCGCAUCCGAACCUGCCUGGCCAACUCAUUCUCCAGGAUCUACCUACAACAAUCCAGAGCCUGGAUGCCGCCAAGCUUGAGCCCAUCGAAGCCGGGGCCCACGACUUCUUCACCCCCUAG